CACUUCAUUCCAACUUUCUCCAAAUUCCUGCAGACUGAGAGUUCAGGUUCCUCAGAGCUCCUCACACUUUCAGCUGAAGCUCCCGUAGAAGCCAGAAUGUCUGACAACACCUCUGCUCCCGGCUCUGCUGGAAACCCGGUGAAGUUUAAGAGCCAGGACUACACCUCCAUCAGAGAUGAGUGUCUCAAGACAAAAACUCUGUUCCUGGACUCGACUUUCACAGCUGACCAGACUUCCAUCGGCAUGCCGGCAGAUCCGGACCCAAAACUGGUCAUCAAAUGGCUGAGACCCAAGGAAAUCAGCAGCAAUGCUGUCUUUGUGGAGGGCACCACGGGCACCACUGAUAUCUGCCAGGGUCAGCUGGGUAACUGCUGGCUACUGGCUUCACUGUCCUGUCUCACUAUGCACCCCACUCUGUUUGAGAAGGUGGUCCCAGCUGGACAGACCUUGGCGGCCCCCUAUGCUGGAAUCUUCCUCUUCAGGUUCUGGCAGUAUGGUGAGUGGGUGGAGGUGGUGGUGGAUGACAGGCUGCCCGUGCAAGGAGGCCGUCUGCUCUUCAGCUACUCCCGCACCAGCAACGAGUUCUGGAGCGCCCUGGUGGAGAAGGCUUACGCCAAGUUGAUUGGCUCCUACGGCAGUCUGAAGGGGGGUAAUAUUUCUGAGGGAAUGGAGGAUUUUACAGGAGGAAUCGCCUACACUCGUCCCGUCUCCUCCCGCACCCCUCCUGUGCUCUGGAGAACUCUCACUGCUGCUCUGUCCAGAGGAAGCCUGCUCAGCUGCUUCAUUCAGGCCAAAAACGUCAAGGAGAUUGGUACAGUGACAGCAGAGGGGCUGGUCAAAGGUCACGCCUACGCCAUCACCGCUACAGAUAAGGUCCAUAGGAAGGCUGAGGAGGUGCUGCUGGUGCGGCUGCGGAACCCUUGGGGAUUUGUGGAGUUCUGCGGACCCUGGAGUGAUAAGUGCAAAGACUGGGAUGGCAUAGACAGUGCAGAAAAGACCAGAAUUCACCUGAACAUUGAAGAGGAUGGAGAAUUUUGGAUUGGGGUGGAGGAUUUUUGUAGGAUGUUUGAUACAGUGGAGCUGUGCAGCGUGAAUCCUGACUCUGAUGCUGGGGAGGAUGGUGAUGCUGCUGGUGCCUCUGAUUGGUCCUUGACCUCCCACAAGGGAUCAUGGGUCCCUAUGUGCUCUGCAGGGGGCAGCCGAAAAUACCCACGAACGUUCUGGAAGAACCCUCAGUUCCACCUGGUGCUGUCUCAGCAGGACGUGGAGGAUGUGGAGGUAGACGAAGAUGAUGCAGAUGUCGGUGACGAUGAUAAUGAUGCUGGUGACGCAGCCAGAAAGAGUGGGACAGAGAAGCAUAAGGAGAAGAUGAAGAAGUGCACAGUGCUGGUGGAGCUGCUGCAGAAGGACCGCAGACAGAAAGACAAAAUCAACUUCUUCUACAUCGCCUUCCACAUCUUCAAAGUCCCUCCUGAGCUGCAGGACAGAACUGGUUCUUUUGACCAGCAGUUUUUCAGCGCUAAUCCGCUGGUGAGCCGCUCUGGGCCGUAUAAGAAUGCAAGGGCCGUUUGGAGGAAGGUGCAUCUGGACCCUGGACACUACGUCAUCCUGCCAUCCACACAGAGGCCUAACCAGCAGGGGGAGUUCUUCCUCCGCAUCUACGCCAAGAAAGGAAACACACUGGGGCUCCGUGACAUCACCUGUCCUACUCCUUUCAAUAUGACUGUAAUGUCAAAGCCACCCCUUCCUGAGGAUCAAAAGAGGGUGGAGAAGUGGUUUGACAAAGAAGCUGGACCGGAUGACCGACUGAAUGCAUUGGAGUUUAUGAAGCUGGUGAACACAGUGCUGGAGAAGGACUAUCAUCUUCCUCUGGAAACCUGCAGGCAGCUCAUCUUUGGGGAAGAUACUGGACGUCGAGGCAGAUUAAGUCGAGAUCAGGCUGAGAAGCUUCUGUCUUCACUGCGUAACCUGCAGUCAAUCUUUUUUAAGUAUGAUGAGGAUUCGUCAGGAACCAUGAAUCCAUUUGAACUCAGUCAGGCCCUCAAAGCAGCAGGUGUGCAGUGUGAUAAUUGCAUUCUGCAGAUGUUGUGGGAACGUUUUGGCUCUGGAGAACAGCACCUGCCCUUCCCCAGCUUUGUCUCGUGUGUCACCAGGCUGCAGGUCCUUGUGGCUCUGUUUGAGUCAGAGAGCAGCCUCGAGGUGAAGAACAGAGGAAUAACUGCGUGGCUGCUAAGGCUGCUGGCCGUGUGAGCGUGCUCAGAUGCGACACCUCAGCAGGACAGACCUGCUUGGCCAGGACUAAACUGACGUCAUCCACCUAGGCCUGCGUAUUACUCUCUCUCUCUCUCUUUCUCUCUCUCUCUCUCUCUCCCUCUCUCUUUCAUUCUGUUAACGCCAGCUCUGUCUGGACUCCUGUUCCAAUCACCUCCACCCACUCAUCCCACCAUCACACAGGUCAUGUGGGUCAUUUCUGAUUUUGUCCAGACAAACAUGUGCAAACAUAAGCUCUAGCUCUGCUUCUGUAUUUUAAGGCAAUUUCAAGUCAGGUACCUUAAAAUAACACAGAAAUAAAGCCUAUGCAUUUAAAUAUCUCUUAAUGUUUCUGUAUAUUGCUUGUAUUAGCUUCACUGUAUGUCCAAACGUUUCCAGACACCCCUUCUGAUUAGUGAAUACGGCUACUUUAAGGUGGACCAAUUGCUGACACAGGUGUUUAACUGCACAAACACACUUUGUAUAAUCUCCAUAGAAAAGCAUUGACCAAUGGAUUGGAGCAGCAUAUGAGGUCACCUAAUGCCAAGCAUCAGCUAAAGGGGUAUAAACACCCAGUAUUGGGCUGUGAAGCAGUGGAACUGUGUUAUCUGGAGUGAUGGAACUCCAUCCAGUGCCUUUGGGAUGAGUUGGAGUGAUCCAGAAAUGACCAUCCUGACUAAUGCUCUUCUGGCUAAAUGCAUUAAAAUCCUAACUAUUAAAGGGAGAUUUUGCUGAUUUUCCUAAUAAUUCAGUUGUUGAAAUGUAAACAAACUUACUCAGAGAGGUCUGAUGUGAAA